AUAAGCUUUUCAGUUCAUGUGAAGAGCAGUGCAAUGGAGAAGAGCAUGAAUCUCUCUGCACUUGCACUCUUUGAGUAGUUUCACUUUUUUCCUAUAAUAUUUUAUUAUAUGAAUAUUUUUGUCAUUUCAGCAGCAGUCUGUGAACAGCCCCUUCAAUUUUAGUGGUACUUUGAAUUAGAUUCAAGGCACUGGGAAAAGAGAAGUUAUGAGGAAAAACAAGUGAAGCAUAGGAAUCCGAGCUUCACAUACAGAGGAUUAAGACCGCGAUUAACUAGCUGUGCAUUAUGCUUCUAUCUGAUCAAACUGAAAUUUUUUACAAUGUUAUAAAUUAACUUCAUAUUCUCCUGAAAAAGAAAUUAGCAGUAUACUUAGUAAUGCCGUGCCAUUGAACUUUUAUGUACUGGGGUGUCUACUAGCAAGCUGCUUAAUUUAUCUAUUUUUUUCUUUAUUUGCCUUAUACCGUUGGCAUCCAGACAAAGACUUCCACAAAAAAGUAAAGCUUUAGCAAUGUGUGAGGACCAUCCUGUCCUUGCCCUGAAGGAUUGAUUUAUGGUGAUCCAUUGUUUGGUACAUCUUGACCAUGGAUUUUGGCAGCUAAAGGAAGUAUCCUGCUCUCUCGGGUGGAAGAGGAGAAUGAAGAUGGAGAAAGAUGAGGAGUCUCACUGGGCAAACACCACCUCAGUGUCGGAGUUCAUCCUGCUGGGGUUCUCCAGCCACCCCAAGACGCAGCUGCUGCUGUUUGUGCUCUUCCUAGCUAUCUACCUGGCGACCCUCUUUGGGAACAGCCUCCUCAUUGCCCUUGUCAAGACUGACUCCCGUCUUCACACACCCAUGUACUUCUUCCUGGCCAACCUUUCCUUUUUAGACAUCAGCUACACCACCACCACUGUACCCCAGAUGCUGGUCCACCUCCUCUCCACAAAGAGAAGCAUUUCCUAUGUUGCCUGUGUUGCCCAGAUGUACAUCUUCCUUUCUCUGGGGAUAAGUGAGUGCAUGCUGUAUGCUGUAAUGGCUUAUGAUCGAUACGUGGCCAUUUGUCAUCCCCUGCGCUACACAGUCAUCAUGAACAGAUCAGUCUGCAUCAAGAUGGCCAUUGGCUUCUGGGUAUGUGGCUUCUUCUUUGCCACAUUGAUUGCAAGCUUCACCAUGAGGCUGCCCUACUGCAACUUAAAUGAAAUCAAUCACUUCUUUUGCGAGGUGCCAGCCAUCUUGAAGCUGGCCUGUGCAGACACACACCUCACUGAACUGGUCGUUUUUGUGACAUCAGUUAUAAUGCUCCUGAUCCCAGUGUCUUUGAUCCUAAUCUCCUAUGUAUUCAUCCUGGAAGCCAUCCUGAGGAUCAGCUCAGCUGAGGGGAGAUUUAAAACAUUCUCCACCUGCAGCUCACACAUCACCGUCGUGACUAUCUUCUAUGGUGCAGGUAUAUUCACGUACAUGCGCCCAGCCUCCAGCUACUCACCCGAGCGGGACAAAAAGUUUUCCCUCUUGUACAAUGUGGUGUCUGCCCUCCUGAAUCCUCUUAUCUACAGCCUGAGGAACAAGGAGGUCAAAGCAGCCGUACUCAAAAUGAUGGGCAAGACGGACCACUGAGUUACGGUGGAGGAGGAAUGAUCCGGUGGCUCACAGCUCCUAUGUUCUGGAUACUAGUUGGGAGGGGAGG